AUGCCGCCGCGGAGCCCGUGUCAGGAAACUGCCCGCAAUCCAGAACGAGUGGCCUUUCGAUCGAAACCCGAGCUGCCACAUCGGCCUUGGCCAAUUUUGAGCUGCGUAUUGGUUGCAAGUUUCCUGAUUGGACUGUCAUAUUUGCUCCAAUCGACUCUUAUCUCACUGGUUCCCUUAAUCUUACCUGGGCGGCAUCAUCAACAUCCCCAACCAGAUGAUCCCACUGCUAUUCGGCCGCGGAUAGAACUUCACCCAGAGGAUCAUAUCUACCGGGCCCCGGCGACCCAAUAUUUGGAUUGGAGUGUGACCUCGAGUCAUCGGAGGCCAGAUGGUGUACUGAAGCGGGUCUAUCUCAUCAAUGACUUGUUCCCUGGACCGACGGUGGAGGGCCGCUCUGGUGACACCUUGAUCAUUACUGUUACGAAUACCUUGCCUGAAGAGUCAAUUGCUCUCCAUUGGCACGGCCUCCAUGUGACUAAUGUCAUGGAUGGAGCGGUCGGAGUUUCACAAUGUCCCAUAACGCCGGGGAAGCAAUUCAUCUAUAACUUGACAAUUCCAUCCGAUCAGAGUGGUACGUUCUGGUACCAUGCUCAUUCGGGGGUUUCGCGGGCAGAUGGCCUUUAUGGUGGAUUGGUCGUCCAUACGCCGGCUUCCAAAUCGACCCUUCGGGGCCUGGAUUCCCGAGGUCACGAUAAUUUUCCUAGUCAUACCCCCGAAAAUGAGCUUUUACUCCUCAUCGGAGACUGGUAUCACGGCCCUGCUAGUGAUAUUCUAGAUUGGUAUAUGGACCCGGGGAAUUUCGGGAACGAGCCUGUUCCUGAUUCCUUAGUUAUCAAUGGAGCCGGAGUUUUUGAUUGCAUGAUGGCUGUCCCUGCUCGGCCGUUGGACUGCAUUGAUCAACAAGUGAAACCUUCGUCUCUCGAGCUAGAUCUUCAAACAACCUAUCGAAUUCGCGUGGUCAACACCGGUUCUCUAGCUGGAUUCAGCCUCAUAUUUAACCGCCAUGCUUUGGACCUACUUCAGGUAGAUGCUGUCGAUGUGGCACCACCCAGAGAGACGAAUGUAAACUCGGUCGGUAUACUCUUUCCUGGACAACGCAUGGACUUUAUCCUUCGGCCCUUAUCACGGAAGUCCAAAGGGCAGUCAUCAAUGAUGGUUCAAUUGGAUCAAGAUUGCUUUAAAUACUCCAAUCCAGCAUUGACACCAAAUCAGACAUUUUCGCUCAAUCAUCGCUCUGACAUAACGAGAGAAUCCAAGAUCAACACCCACCAUCUCAACCUCGAAGAAGUGCCUUCUGCGCCAUCCAUCGUCAAUUCCAUCCCUCGCAAAGCACAACAAACUCAUGUGGUCUAUACUAAGAUCCAAAAGUUGGCCCAGUAUUCCAACAAACCCUUCGGCCAUUUCAAUCAAACCACCUGGAAGCCCCAGCAAAGUCCGCCCGCUCCACUUAUCUCUCUACCUCGAAAUCAGUGGGAUAAAAACCAGCUCACGAUAACCACAGGCCCGGAGCCUGCAUGGGUAGACUUGAUCAUCAAUAAUCUGGAUGAAGGUUCCCACCCUUUCCACCUGCACGGACAUCAUUUCUACAUACUUGCAGUCCACCAAGCCGACUUCGGCUGGGGUUCCUACAACCCCUUCACCGACGAGAUCCCUCCACACCUGGAAUCAAAAUCAGAAUCGAAAGACACAAACAAUGCGCAGAAAUCCAAAAUCAACUCUGGUUUCCUGUACGACACAUCCCGGGCCGCAUUGCGUGAUACGGUCAAUAUCCCAAGUCGCGGUUAUGCAGUUCUCCGUUUCCGGGCGGAUAACCCCGGCGUGUGGCUCCUGCAUUGCCAUAUCAUCUGGCACCUAGCGACGGGCAUGGCUAUGCUUGUGGAUGUACAGGGCGACUUGGCGGGAUUGGCUGCACAUGUUAGUAGUGGGGAGCCGUGUCUUACUUGA